AGUGCUCAGGGGAAUAGCUGCUUUCUCUUGCAGUAGCAGCACCAAGCCACUGUGACUCAGGAAGGAAAUGGCAACAGCAUCAUCCUCUGCUUUCUCAGCAUCGAUUGCACCACAGCAAGAGCCCUUUGAAGGUUAGACAGAUGAAUGAAAAAGGCAAGCAGCUAGAGGUUGGCUUCAGUUGCAGAGGUAGCCUGUGUUGAGGGACUGCGGCCUGGAGCUCCCACGCUGUGCUGAAUGAGAGAAAUGUGAGCUAGCUGCAGUACUGCAGUGCUGCUGCAGACAAUACUGCCAUCAGAGGUAAACAGAGGGCUCGGAGAGACAGAGCAAGAGAGAGAGAGAACAAGCUGCAGAACAGCCACUGCCCUUACUAUCAACAGAGACGGACACUUUGCUGCUGGAGGGAGGGCUAUUCUCAACUGGAAACUGGAAGCACCAGAUUGACUAUAAGUGCAGCCUGACCCUACUGUAUGGAUAGUGAAGAAUCUUGGUGCACAGAGGGAAGCCUGCAGGGUGCAGAGAUGGUCAGACAGCGAGGCGAGUACAGCCCCUGCCUGUGAAGCAGGCUGCCUAGCUGCAGCGUGGACUCCCAUCCCCCUUCCCCAUGGCGUGCCUGAAACAACAGCAGGCUGCCAUCAAGAUGGAGGCGGUGAAGAUUGUGCCAGCGGAGAAGUUUGCGGACUGCCCGAGCUCACAGGCCCGCUACGGGCCCUCGCAGUGCGUCCGGGAGCCCCCGCUUGUCGGAAAGUGCGCCUGGCCCCUAGAAUCAGAGAUCAUCGCAAACCAGGCCUGCACCGAUGUCCCCACCCUGGAAAAGGCCCGGAGCCCGAGUGGACUGGCCAGGACACCACCCCGUCGCGAGAAAUUUGUCCAAGGCCACCGCAAGGCCAGUGCAGAGAUGUGCUACCACCGACAGACACCAUCAGACGAGGUCAUCGUUAAUCAGUAUGUACUUCACCAGUCCACCACCUCAGAGCCCCUGGAAUGCCCCACCUGUGGCCACGUGUACAACGCCAUCAACAAGCGCCCACGAAUUCUCUCCUGCCUACAUUCAGUGUGCGAGGAGUGUCUGCAGAUCCUCUAUGAGUCCUGCCCCAAAUACAAGUUCAUCUCCUGCCCCACCUGCCGCCGGGAGACCGUCCUCUUCACCGACUAUGGCCUGGCGGCCCUGGCCGUCAACACCAGCAUCCUGGCCCGGCUGCCAGCUGAAGCCCUCACCACCAAUCCAGGCCAGUGGGGCGGUGAGGCUGACCGCAGCUGCUACCAGACCUUCCAGCAAUACUGCGGGGCGGCCUGCAGCUGCCAGCUCCGAAACCCACUGUCUUCCUGUGUGAUCAUGUAGAAGGAGAGGGAAAGCCCUUUUCCCUACCGCAGAGUAACAUUUGCGACUAAAAGGAUUACUCCAAGACUGAACAACUUGCUGUGCUUUCUCAGCAGCCUAUAUGGUAAAUUAUCUAUAACUGCAUUAUCUCACCUGGGAGUUUCUGUGUUUUCUGUGAAAUCAAAGGUAUCAAAUUCAAAUUGAGUGGCAAGUAUUAUGCUGUCUUGAUAGUUUUGUCUGAGAGGCAGUGUUGCCAAGCAACCUGCACAUAUUUGACUCUGACCUCGGAAUUGCUUCUUUUUCCACCCCAGUAUUAUACAAUGCCUAAAACCGUUGCCAAUGCAGCAUCUUAAAGUGUUGCCCUCUCUAGGUCAGUAAAGCUUAAUGUGUUCUAGAUCCACGCCACAGUAUUCAGCAGCCUAUUGAGACCCAUUCCAGCCCAGGCCUAGCCAGCCUGUUGAGAUCCAUUCCAUCCCAGGCCCUGCCCUGUGCCCUCAAUCCUUCACCAGAAUGCCGCAUCCGGCAAGAACAUAUUUUUUUACCUGAAUUUUAGAUUUUGAUCUUUAGAUAAAGAGAGAAGGGUUUAAUAGCACUUAUUUUUAAUCGCGAACAUCCUCGCCUAAGCCACAGACCUGCCUCUAACUUCCCUGACGUCAAAGGCACAUUGAUAGCUUUUGUGCAGUGUCAGCCCAGCCAAAGUCAGCACCAGGAGUCAGCCACCUGGUUCAGCUGCCUCUGCACAACAGCACCGCAGCCCCCUGUGGUUCUGGGGGAAGCUGGGCUGAAAAGGGUUAAAGUCCAUUUGUUUCUACACCAACCUGUCAGUCACAGUAACCAGAUAAUAAAGGCUGCUCUCACCUGUGUGUCCGAGUGGAUUGGGUUUGCUUUUGCUCCUCGCCCCACCCCACAAUCCUGACCUUGGGCUCCAAAAAGCCGUUAACACAUUUAACACAAUAUGAUGGAGAAAUACUUGUCUUUGGCUUCAAAUAAGGUGUAUAGAUCACCUCCUGCCAAAGGUAACAGUCAGUGCUGGAGAGCUCGCCGAGAGCAGUGCUAGGAACACAAAGAAUGUUUCUUUAUUGAUUGUAUUCUGUGAAUAAACUCUAUAUUAGACCUUCAAA